AUGCGUCGCUGCUGGCAGACUCCGAGGCAUUCCCUCCUCCGCUCGCUGGCCGGCCGUAUAGGACAGGAUGGAUGGAGGCCCCCUCUCCCACCGUUCCCCGCACCAGGUAAGCUCAGGCAGUCGGAGCCGUCGAGAGGGAAUCACCAGCGAUGGCAUCCCGCGCUGUGGCCAAGCCGGUGAUGGGCUUCCUUCCCCAGAUCAGUCGACGCUGCUGCCAGUCCCGCCCGACGACCGCGACUAAGGAAGUGCCGCCCGGGACGCGGCCACGUGGCCCACGGGCAGUUCGACGUGAGCAGCACAGCGGCGGCAGGUGAGGAAGAAGAGCGAGGGAUCCGGCCGGACUUCGUCUGCGGGCCCAGGAGAGUUCUAUUUCAGAGCAGCAGAGGAGCCUCUGGUUGCCUCCACCCUAACCAUGGAGCUUGGCCCCACCAGCCAUGAACCUCCGAGACCCCAAUCUCAAAAGGGCUCCGAUCUCUCCCCUGCAGAGGUUUUUGCCUAUGACGAGAGGGACUUUGUGCUGAGUGGAGUAGAGUGGCAGGAAAACAGAGGGAAUCGUGGACCCCCUGGCCACACCAUGUCCCGCUUUGACAGAGUUCUUCAGUCAGGCUGGAAGGACAGACAGAACCGGGGACUCUUCCGCUACUACUUGAAGGAGCUGCAUACUCGGAUCCUGCCAGGGAUGGUAGGAUUUGUGGCCCAGCUGAACAUCCAAAGGGGGUCAGAGAGGAGGAGACCCCAGGAGAUCCAAAGCAUCCAGCAGAGAUUUGAUCCCCAGCAGUUCAACUUUAGCAAGAUCCAGCCUGAGGAGAUUCUCUUUGGCAUGUCCAGGGGCCAGACUUCCUCCAGGCCCUGCUUGGCGGGUGCUCAGAUUCCGCCUGGCUCUGCCUUUGUCCUUGUAGUGAUCAAUGUCAGCCCUUUGGAGUUUGGGCACAUCCUUCUCAUCCCUGAUCCCACACUCUCAUUGCCACAGAUCCUUACCCCACAGGUCGUCUGCUUUGGCCUGGAUGCUGUCCUCCUCAGUGGCCACCCUGGUUUCCGUGUGGGUUUCAACAGCCUUGGGGCCUUUGCCUCAGUCAACCACUUGCACCUGCAUGGCUUUUACUUGAACUGGGAGCUGCUGGUUGAAUCAGCCCCCUGUGAGCCUCUCCUGCCCGAAGCAAACUUCUAUCUGUUGCAGGAGGUCCCAGUUCCCUGCUUCGUCUUCUAUAGUGAAGGGCAGCAGUUAGAGGAGCUGGCACAGCGUGUUUGCCAGGUCACCAACUAUCUGGUAAAGAAGGAGAUCGCUCACAACCUGUUCAUAACCAGGGGUGCUAAACCAGAGGGGCCUGUCCACUCAAGAGCCCGACCUGGAAUCCGGAUCAUAGUCUGGGCCAGGAAAUCCUGUUUUGGUACCAAAGAAGAGUCUGCGUUCAAUGUGGCUCUCUGCGAACUGGCAGGGCACCUGCCCAUCAAAACUGCCCAGGAUUUUGAGAGUCUCACAGAAGCACUGGCCAUUCACACCCUUCAGAAAUGUAUCCUCCCAGACUCUCUGUUUUCCCAGCUCCAGUGUGAGCUGGUGGCCCUCCUCAAAGAGUGACGUCACAAGGAUGGUUGUGCUUCUGGAAAUUCUGCUAAUGUGUGCCUGUUCAGUAAGGAGGGGAGAGAGACCUCGUUUACCUGCAAAUGCCAUGGUAGGAGGACAUGCAAAAUUGCUGGUCAAUAAAGCAUAAAUUCAACUGAA